CGGUUGUACUUCAGAUGUUUAGAUAUGUUUCCACAGUGUGUUGACCAAUCCAGUCUUGAUGCGGGAUGAAUCACCAAUCAGAUUCUCGAACACUGAUCAACAGCAGGUACCUAAGUUUACCUUGCUUGCUUUUCCCGCACAAUUCAUGGCCCCAUGCCACAGCGCCAUGCUACCUAGAGCACUUCAUUCGGCCCCGGGAUUGGGGCCCAGCUUGUCAGGUCAAUUGGUCAUUGCUCAUGUCAUCACGGACAGAUUACAGGGUGAAAGGAGUUUAAUUCCUAGCUCUAGGUCUAGGCUGGAAGAGGCUGAGCGCUUCGUUUAGGAAAGAUAUUUAGACGGAUGCAAGGACGAGCAAACAAACACGGUCAUUCCUGCGAGCAAGAUUACCCCGUUUUCUGUCUAGACGUCCCGCAUCGUCCUGGCCCCCUGUGGUUGAUAUCUGUCUCCAUGGAGAUUUAACGGGCUAGAGGAUUAUCUGCAGAAAGAUUGUAUUGACAGGAUCUCUGCAAGGGGAAGCCUAGUUGAAGGCAUAAGCGCGAAACCUAUAGAACAGUUGCAGCUGGAUUUUUGCCACAGUAUCAGUGGCUCAUUCCUGCCUUAGCCGGCGCAAAUUUCUUCAAAAGGUCAAAAGGACUUUGUACCUGAUUCUGGGGGAACAUAGCUCACUCAGGCUGAGACUCUACAUAGGUAGGAGUAGAGCCCUACUUUCAAGAAUGUGUUUUGAAUGUUUUGAAUGAACACUUCAAAGGUGCCUCCUCAGCUGCGACUCAUUGGCAGCGCAGCAAUGCGCCCUCCUAGAAAGCACUGGACCACCACGGUUUUGCAACCCCUGCUUAUGGGCGCGUCAAACGGAGUGUAGCAAGGGUUUAAUGAGCCCUGCAAACCAGCAUGGCGAGCAAGCAUGUCAACAUCCUCGAGCGCCGCACAAUGGAGCUGCGCGCGCGGGACGAGGCGCUCGCAAACGCGCUCAAGGCGUUCAGCGAGCGCAGCAAGGAGCACGGCGGCGCCGAUGCGGCCGACCGGCCGGGAAGCUCGGGAAAGAACAAGGCGCGGCUGAAAGUCGUGCGCGCAGUGGCGACGAUAAUGAAGCUCGCGAAAGUGCAUGUCCAGGCAGACGUGGUGGCGCCCAAGCGGGACUCUGUGGAAUCGAAAAAGCACUCCAAGCGGAGAGCAACGAUCGAUCCGGGGAGCGGUCACCCAGAGGGAUCCCCGGAGAACUUGCCUGGGGGUGAAAGAAGGCCGAGUCACAAGCCGAACGGGCACAGCGAAAAGCUGACGGCUGUGCCGUCCUUUCGGAAGUUUGCUGCCAGCUCAGCGACCCGUGGAUCAGGCCUCAAGGAUUCGUUGCGGGACCAGGUUCAACAAAUGAGCCUCCAGGCGAUGCGGCGGCUGUGCGAGACGCCGUUGGAGGAGCGCACGCCCGAGAUCGUGGAGAAGAUCUGUAUCAUGCUGCAGCAACUGACCCCACUCUUCAAGGACGUCACGCAGGGCGUGCUGGAGGAAGUGACGAAAGUCAUGCGCGUGCAAGAGUACCAGGCAUAUACCAGCGUGCACCAUCAGAGCGAGCCGUCCACUGAGUUUUACAUCAUUCUUCGGGGAAAAGCGGAGGUUAAAAUCGCAAACGGGAAUCUGCUGAAGGCGGUCAACGUGCUCGCGCGGGGGGAGUAUUUCGGUGAGAUUGGACUUCUCAAGGGUACAAGACGAUCAGCAACCGUCACUGCUCGGACGCGCAUCGAGCUGCUCGUAUUUGGGAAGGAAGACUUCGACAGACUGUUCAGGCCUCUUUUUGACCUGGCCCGCAUCCGACGCGUCGAGUUCCUGCACUCCAUCUACUCCUUCUUCAAGCUUCUCCCCGACGAGAUAGAGAAGAUUGCCACCUUCUUCAGGCUUCGAGAGUGCGAAGACAAAACAGUGAUUAACGCGGAGGAGGAAGAGCGGUUGUACUUCAUCAUCGAGGGGGAGUGUCAGCUCAAGCAUGCGCAGGGCGGGGACCUGCCCCCCGUCACUCUCGACACCGGAAACCCGGAGCUCGACGUGCCGUCCUUCUACAGCGACGGGCGCACCAUCUCCCGUUUGGGCCCCGGGGAGUUUUUCGGGGAGGGCUCGUUGUUCCCGCGCAUGCGCCGCAACUGGUUGGUAGAAGCGCACGGGGCGACCAAGCUGUAUUACAUCAACCGGAUGGACCUCACAGCCCACGUCCUCCAAAUGGUCUGGAAGUCGCUCGAGGAGGAAGCUGCCUUCCGGCUUGAGUACUUUGACGGCCGCCUCGCCGGGAAGAAACAGUCGUUCAGCGACAAGUCCGGCCGCCCUCUGCACACGCUCGCGCGCCACGAACUCCUCGAAGAGUCUCUGAGCGCUGGCCUGUCGCCCGGCCUGGUCGACCCCCCGGGGGAGCUCACCGGAACAUUGAAGAGCGGGGAGAAGGCCCGGGGGGAGGAGGCGGCGCUCAAGCGGGAGGAGGCGCUGGCCGCGCUCAAGGCGGGGGUGGCGACCAAGCUGCGGGAUCUCGAAGCACGGCGGAGGUCGAAGUCUCACUUUUUAGCGUCCUUCAAGAGACUCGUUGAUUCGCCUAACUGCGGGCUCCCUUCCGAGGCCUCGGGGGCGUCCCCUGAACACUUUUACAGCUUCUCCGCCCCCUGCUCUCCGGCGGGUCGACGCGAUAACGUCAGCGUUUUUCGAGAAGGAGGGUUGCGCUCGUCCACAGUGUCAUGGGGUGACCUAAGGUCCGAAGCAGGAAGCCCGUCGGAACGUAAGGGCAGGCGUGUUGAUAAAAUGAAAAAUGUAUCUACAUCUAGUCACCGCCCGGCGUCAGCUAGCUGCUUUGGCCCCCCGCGCUCCAAACCUCCGUCCGCGGAAACGAGCGGCGACGCGGCCAGCCCUGCGCGCCGGCAUUCCACGGCAGCGCCGUGCGAGAAGCUCAUUCCGCUGCGCACCGAGUCGUCACUGAUUAGGAAGCUUAAGGCAGAGUACAGUAUGUAGGUGCAGAAGCGCCUGCACAUUACAGCGCACGCGUGUUGGGUCGCUUCUUAAUCCUAGUAGAUUUGUUUGAUUACUAACCCUGUUAUCGUGUUACUAACCGUCUCUGAAGGACCUUCAGAUUGCUUUUGACUGAGCUUGUUUCCUUACCCUGAGUUACAAGCCGUGCAGAUGAUGCCAGUGGAGGAGUCGGCCUUCUGUUGAGCACUCUCUCAGUGCAG